CCAAGCGUAUAAUUUAUGUUGUUAAAUGUCAAUUGGUUAUAUUCAAGCGGACCGUCCUGGGAUGUGUUUCAAAGAAUUGGGACUGGCAAUUAUUUGUGCUUUCCUGUUAGAAUAUGUACAGGGCAGCCACUUUUGUGGAUCAACAAUAAGUUGGAAGCCGUCCCUUGCUGAAUACAGCAAGGUUAACUUUCAAUGGCAGUCUGCCUGGACGCUGGGGAAUGGUCCUUGUGACACAGGGUGUAAUGAAGCACAUAUUGGAACGCUGGGAAGAUCUAGCUUAGGCCAAUGGAGCUGUUUGUCCGGCUGUGGAUCCAGUCUGAAUUUAGCCGACCAUCAAUACGUUGUCACUGACAUUAGUGUUCAAGAAAACUGGGAGCAAGGAGCUGAUGGUUUCUCCUAUACAUUUCCUAACCAGGGAGAGUACGUGGUGGGAUUCACUGGUAGCGCAUGGCGAAGUUUAGAUCAUGGUAGCGGAGGGAAUUGGCGAGUGCAAACCGUAGUCAACCUUGGCAACAGAAGUGACACCGACCAUCCGAACAACAGCCCUGUAACUGCAAGUAAAGGCAUUUAUAGGGCCAUGUUCGGCUGCAAAUUUCAGCUCCAGAUCCCUGUGCAAGAUCCAGACGGGGACGCGGUCCGCUGUCGCUGGGCAACUGGUACCAACGAGUGUGCCAGCAUUUGUCACUCGUUACCGAACGCCGUGUUAGAUGAGGAGACAUGCAUCCUUACAAUCCCCUUGGUCUCCACGACGAACGGGUACAGAAACGGAGGUUGGUAUGCAGUGGCGCUGACAGUCGAGGACUUUCCGCAGACGACAAUUGAACAGGGAGGUGUCAACAAAACAUCUUCAGACAGAAUGAGCUCCAUUCCUUUACAGUUUCUUAUUACGACUCCUGACCUUGGUGACUGUUCUGCUGCCCCGUCAAUUCUGCAGUGUGGUGUUGACUCCAAUGAAACUGUUUCUAUCGCUCGGAAUGAGACUUUCAAUGGAAAAGUAUAUGCCGAGACCAAGCUUAUUUCUUCCCCUAUAACCAGUAUCAAUCUGGUCUCUCCUGCUGGCUUGCUAAAAAGCUCUAUGGCACCAGACGACCUUGGUAGAGCAGCGGUCAAGUACCUUAACGUGACGUGGACGCCAUCUAGCGACCAGACUGGCGAGAGCAUCUUGUGCUGUGAAGCAGUCGAUUCAGCCAGACGACCUAGUCCAUCAAAAUGCAUUUCAUUAAGGGCAAAUGAUGAUGACGAAUGUGUAAGCAACCCGUGUCAGAAUGGGGGAGCAUGUAAUAAUAUGUACAAUAGGUUUGAGUGCACCUGUGCUGUUGGAACUACUGGUACAAGAUGUGAAAUAGAUAUCAACGAGUGUAUCAGCAACCCCUGCCAGAAUGGGGGAACGUGUGUGGACAAAACUGGAUACUACGAUUGCUUGUGCCAGACCAGUUUUAACGGAACACACUGUGAAACAGACGUUAACGAGUGUUUAAUCAACCCAUGUCAGAACGGUGGAACGUGUAUAAACACAGUCGGGCACUACAAUUGUUCGUGUUCAACUGGAUUUACGGGAGACAACUGUGAAACAGACAUCAACGAGUGUAUCAGCAAUCCUUGCCAGAAUGGGGGAACGUGUGUUGACAAAACUGGAUACUACAAUUGCUUGUGCCCAACCGGUUUUAAUGGAACCAAAUGUGAAAUAGACGUUAACGAGUGUUUAAGCAACCCAUGUCAGAAUGGUGGAACGUGUAUAAACGCAGCCGGGCGCUACAAUUGUUCGUGUCCAACUGGAUUUACGGGAAAUAACUGUGAAACAGACAUCAACGAGUGCAUCAGCUAUCCCUGUCAGAAUGGGGGAACGUGUGUGGACAAAACUGGACACUACGAUUGCUUGUGCCCAAACGGUUUUAAUGGAACCCACUGUGAAACAAACAUCAACGAGUGCAUCAGCAAUCCCUGCCAGAAUGGGGGAACUUGUGAGGACAAAAUUGGACACUACAAUUGUUCGUGCCCAGCCGGUUUUAAUGGAACCAACUGCGAAAUAGACAUCAACGAAUGUGCCAGCAAUCCCUGUGAAAACGGGGGUACGUGUUUGGACAAACCCGGACACUACAACUGUUCGUGUCCAACUGGUUUUAUAGGAGACAUCUGUGAGACAGAUAUCAAUGAAUGUGCCAGCAAUCCCUGUGAGAACGCGGGUACGUGUAUGGACAGAGCUGGACACUACGAUUGCUCGUGUCCAAUUGGUUUUACAGGAGCCAACUGCGAGACAGACGUAGAUGAAUGCCUCAGUAACCCAUGCGUAAACAGUGGCACGUGCAACAACUUGCUGAACGGUUUCAACUGCACAUGUCCUGUUGGUUUCAUUGGAGACAUGUGCGAAACGGACAUUGAUGAAUGUGACGAUAGCCCUUGUCAAAACAACGCAACUUGUGAAAAUUUGGCGGGAAACUUCAGUUGCACGUGCUUGGAAGAUUUCAAUGGGACGAGAUGCGAGAAUGAGAUGGCAAUUUUCAACAAUCGAGCUUAUUCAAAUAUUCCUUCUGGAAGCACUAGUAUUACUGAUUCUACUCCACCGCUAAUAGGACUACUCGGAAUCCUUGGGUUACUAGUGUUCGUACCUUGCUUUUGUUGUAUAUUUUUUCUGUGGAAGCGUAACAAAAGGAAAAGAAAGGUGAGGCCACUUGACGAGCAUCAGGAGGAGCAGAAAAACCCGGGAGAGAAGUACAAAGUCUCUGAAGAGGAUGAAACAAGCACAAUAGACACAGUCGCUGCGGAAAAUGAAGACAGCGCGGCAGACGACACUAAAAACAUAGGUGCUGCGUCCAUUAAGUCAGAUGAGCUUCUUCUUCGCGCCUGAAAGUCAAUGACGUCGUCAGAGUUAUUUCAGCAUCUUUUUCUUACUCCUGAUUGUAAAGCAAACCCCAUAGCUGACAGCUAAUCCUCCUUCGUCCAGGACUGUGCUGAAUGGUGAAAUCGUUAGUUUGGAAUUCGUUACCAUUUAUGAAUUAAAUGCAUCUGAUAACAGAUUGCGUUGUCGUUCAAAUAACGCUAUGUGACGAGGCAUACCCAAGCGCCACGCCACAAUGCUUCCAGCAUCGCUAACACAUUUCGGAAAUGCGUACUUUUUAUCAAUGUUGUUCAACUAGGUUUUGAGUAUACCUUUAUUUUCAAAUAUCGCACAUGACACGAGAAAACUCAAUUAUACUUAAAAGGAUAAAAUGGUGCUACAGUUUAAUAUAUCAACAAAUAAUUUGUCACUGUAGCACAAUAAGCUUGCUGCAUACACGAACUACUGCCAACUGCAACACUCAGAAAAUGC